AACCACGACAACAACAAUGGCACCACGUCGCCUAUAAAAACCCCCUAAAACCCCUGACCUAUCACCACCACCACCACCACUCCAUCACAGUCUGCUCAUUAGCUCGAGACCUGGUCAGCUCGCCGCCAUGGCUUCUGCCAAGCUGCUUCUCCUGGUCGCCACCUCGCUCCUGAGCUGCGGCGUCAUCCUCGCCGACUACGCGCCGAUGACGCUGACCAUCGUGAACAACUGCCCAUACCCGGUGUGGCCAGGAAUCCAGGCCAACUCCGGCCACGACGUCCUCGAGGGCGGCGGCUUCUUCCUCCCGGCGCUCUCCCACCGCUCCUUCGCCGCGCCGGCCCACCCUUGGUCCGGCCGCAUCUGGGCGCGCACGGGCUGCACUGGCGCCGGCGCGCAGCUCCACUGCGCCACGGGCGACUGCGGCGGGCGGCUCCAGUGCGCGGGCCUCGGCGGCGCGGCGCCCGCGACGCUGGCGCAGGUCUCCCUCCACCACGGCAACGACCAGACCUCCUACGGCGUGAGCGUGGUGGACGGCUUCAACGUCGGGCUGUCGGUGACCCCGCACGAGGGCCGGGGCAACUGCCCCGUGCUGGCGUGCCGCAAGAACCUGACCGAGACCUGCCCCAGCGAGCUGCAGCUGCGCACGCCGGCGGGGAGCGUCGUGGCGUGCAAGAGCGGCUGCGAGGCCUUCCGCACCGACGAGCUCUGCUGCCGCAACAUGUACAACAGCCCGCGCACCUGCCGCUCGUCCAAGUACUCGGAGUUCUUCAAGCGCGAGUGCCCGCAGGCCUUCACCUACGCGCACGACAGCCCGUCGCUCACCCACGAGUGCGCCGCGCCGCGCGAGCUCAAGGUCAUCUUCUGCCACUAGAAUCCAGCGCGCCAAGGCGUACUCGGUAGGAUCCCUUCCGGGGUGUCUGUGACUGUGUUCUAAUGUUCGAUUAGCUCGCGGGUUUAGAUGCUGGAGUCGUUACUUACGUUCGAUUAGCCCGUAAUCGGUGUGCUGCUGCUUGUGUUGGCUGCAGGGAUGUCUGUGACUGUAAUGGUGUUACUGCCAGGUUUCCAGCCUGAAAUAACAUGUUCCUAGUGUGUUCAGAUGUUUACAAACAUGCUCCACUAUUGGAAACUGUUUUAACAGUUCGAAUGGA